AUGGGUGACAUCGAUUUCGCCACCCUGGAAAAGCUAAAGAUCGACGGGAACGCGGUUGCAGCUUUCAAAUUGAUCUAUAAUUACAUCACAAAAACUGCCUCGACAAAGUACAAUCCUGACCAUUCAACUUUGGCUCAAGUGGUUGAUCACCUGCUCCUCAUUCUCCCCAAAAUAGCGCAAAUCCCAAAGUACCAGAAGUCGAUGAAAAGCAUCGCUGGCCGAUUACAGAUGGACCUCUGGGCGCUAUACAAUAACAACUCUCACGCUGUUCUCAAAUCCAAAGACCGUGAGGCCGAUUGGGUUGCCGGAAGAAGAGCCUGGCUUAUUCUCGACAAGUUCACGCUUUCCAAAAGAUUUGUGCGCGCGCUUUUCCACACUUGUGAGUUCGCCCGUUUCGAUUCCAUGAUAACACUCUUCCGAGAGUUUCGGCAAGAAGUGGUUCAGUACUCCAGCAUUCCUGGUUUUGGCGUUUGCCUUACUAAUGAGUUGCUCAUCCUGAUGAACGACAAGUAUCAGCCAGAGGAAGCAGACACCUCGGAAAACCUUCUUCAGCAACAGAUUGUUACGCCCACUCGAGAAACCUUCAAAGAGAUUCGAGCCUUUGUGAAUGCAUUGAAGGCGAUCGUAUUUGAAUUUCCAAGCAUUUCAGCAAAAAACCGGUCCUGGCGAACACAUCAUCUUAUCUGCAUGGGACGAAUUGCCCAAAUUUUGAAGAAAUAUCUCACGUCUGGCCACAUUUUGAUGACAGAGAACCUCGACGAGAACGACAUUCAAGAAGUAAUUUACGGCUUCGCGCAGAUCACACAUAACCUCUGUCAAUCCCUCACUCCUGUUCCAAAGGAGCAGGCUAAUGAACAGAAGACGAAAGAUCUUUGGUUUGCCUUGGACGGCGUUUUGCUCCCUCUCAACCAGUCCAUCGGUAGCAUGGCUCUGGCCUUGUCGAGCUUGAAACAACAAGCGGAAGUCAGUGAGGAAUACGACAUCAAGCACAAGUAUCCUUGUUUCGCAGUCUAUUCUUUUCUCCGUCUCAUCCAAACAGUCGAGAAACAACGGGAAAAGCUGACAAAGUCGAGUCGGGCUAUUUUGGUCGAAACGGCGCUAAAGAAUGUUAAAGGCUGCUUCAGCUACUUGAUGAGCGCGGCGCGAAACGACGACGAAUUUUCGACCUACCAGCACUGGAGCUUGGUCGAGUUGACGAUUAACGAGCUCUCCUGGAUCUUUGAGCAGCACGGACUGUGCAGCUACGAGCGAACGAAUAUUAUGGACAUUUACAACGCGCUAGCAAUCAAAGUAUCUGGACACCGGAGCUGCACGAAGAUGGAGACGCUUAUGGUGAAGAUGUUUUUAAAUCAGCUUUUAUGCCAGUCUUUUAAACGAAGCCCUUCUCCCUUGCACGCAAAUUUGUUCACACUGUUCAGUAUCGAGAAGAAAGCGCAAGUUCAGUUCAUCACGAUCCUAAUCAGCUUGCUGACUGAAUCUGGUCCUCCGCAGCUUCCUGAAUCUAUCGCGUUGCUUGUGGCGACUUUGAAUCAGUUCAGCGAGUACAGAAAGCUUCCAGAAGGCGAACAAGAUCUUCUCAAGCUCGUCAUUUUUCAAUUGAGGGAGGUUUUUCCAGAGGAAACGAAGAAACUCACAUUUCAGUGCUCAAAAAAUGAAGAAGUACCGAAUGAAGAAUUAACUUGCGUCUGGAAGAUCCUCUCUUCUUGGCAGAAAGAUCUCCAAACGGCUUGGAGCGCAAAUAUGGCCAAGAAGAGCUCGCCACCGAUAAGGUUGGAAAUUGAGAAGCUUUGCAACAUAAAAGUGCGGGAGCAAUUCAGUAAGUGCUCAACAACAACCGCUGUUUUGAAUUAUGUCAACACGAUUUACAUUGCUGCGGAACUGCUGCUUAUCGUCGGGAAACGCGAAGCUGGCACUUCGCUACUGAAAAAGCUAUUAAAACUGAUUGUUGACUGGUACUAUCCGAAGAAGAACGCUGAACUGGAGGCGGUGUCUUCCUUGAUUGCAGAUUUGGCGAUGGAUCUUGGCUCCUCCAUGUGGGUCAUCUACAAACACUCGAUAUACUCCAGCCAGGCUGAGUUUGACGAUGAAGUUGGAGAAAUACUGAAUAAAGCGCGUGAUUGCCUCGUCAAGUCAGAGCACGAGAAAAGGCUCGUUUUUGGAAAUUUGAUGAACGAAGACAUUCUUCCCAGCGAUCAGAAAUCAUUCCAUUUCGAAGAACAAGAGGAAUUAGAUAUGGUGACUAGUUUGCGUGAAACGCCUCUUUCUUCUGCUUCUCCUUGGAGUGAGUAUCAUGACAAGGCCCUUGGACACGUUGGGAGUAUGUUGACUGACCAUCACAAAUGCGGACUUCGUUACGCGAUCCAACUGUUAGUUACCGUGCUUUCUCUCAACUGCGAUCGGUCUUUUUAUUCAACUCUCUUUUCAACCUCUGCAAAGAGCCAGGGAGCACUGAAAAUUCAAAAGAUCGGCCGCGAGAUUUUAUCGACUCUCCGAUCACUUGAAAAGACGAUUUGGAUAUCGGCAGAGCACGUGGAAGAUCUCCUCAUUCGGGGAAUGUCCACAGAGGCGAGGCAAUUCGCAAACGAGCUGCUCGUCCUCUCUGAGAUUUGGGGGCUCCAAUCGACUUACAUUUUGGCGAAAUCGUUUCAAAUUCGCGCUUUGGAACUCGAAGGUCAAACUCGCAAGUGGCGUGAGGAGGUGCCGGCGUUGCUCAAAAUAUUCAAACUUGAUUCUCAAAACGAGUUUAUGCGAGGAAUCAAUCCACAGGCGAAAGCGGCGGCAAUCUCACUUGACCCACCCAGACGGAAUUCUUCUAAUAUUGAAGAAAUGAGCGAGGACGGUCUGAAGUCCAAUGCGAUCAAGAAAGAAUUUGCUUUUGAUUGUUCCGCCUCGCCGAUUACGAAAAUCAUGGCGGAGAAACACCAGCCCAAAACGUCAAAAUUCAACUUCAAAUUGCCUGUUCUUCCGAAAAUGACGGAUCUAGACAUCGAUAUCGCGCGAAACUAUGCAAUUGCCUUGACUUCAUUGCUGCGAGUUCAACCUGAUCCUCAAAGCGCCGUUAAUGCUGGAUUGUGUCUCUUCAAAGAAAUUGCGAUCGCGGGACACGGUUUUUCGCAAUGGCUUUCAGAGCUGGCAUUCGUCGUUAUCCUCCGAGCAUUAGAGCUAAUAUCGCCAUCCCAGGCGAUCGACUUUAUAAGCGCAAAGAUGGCUGAAAUGAACAACUGCGAAAAAAUCAACCCAAAAAAUUGUCGUCGUUUUGCUCGAUUUCAGGUUGCCCAGAUCAUUUACGAUAGAACAUUUAAGACAAUCAACAAUCAAAUAGAAUUAGAAGAGCCUUUCACAAAAAUGAAAGUCAAAAGUGAGAUGAAAACACCAGCGCGACGUCGCUUGAAACAAGAUUUAAUUGUAGCGACUCCGACGAUUACUCCCAUGAGAGUUCCAUCAGAAGCAAAACUGAGUACUCGUAGAAAGCAAAGAGUUCCUGUUUUCAAAGACAGCGAAACGCAGGAACCUUCUCUCGCUGUUGUUAACACUCCAGUUGCACCUUCGGUCCACGCAACGCGGAUGACGAGAGCGAUGGCAAGACGAGCGAUGAAAACUGCGGAACCCGUUGAAGAUAAUCGUGCGCCGACGGCUUCAGAUGAUGAGCCCGAAGAAGCUGUACAAUCGGGCCCAGCCGGCGACUUUCUUGAUCUUUCUCCAAUUAAAAAUGAGGAGAACGACAAUGCCGAGAGUGUUCGUCUUCAGCGAUUUCACUCCCGACCAGUCUCGCCUAUCACAGCCGAAGUCAACAGUGUCUUCAACACACACACACCCAUCGAACCGUCUGCUCCUUCCGCUUCAGACGAGGCGAUCUUGGAUGAAGCAUUGAUAACUGCGCGAGAAUUUGGGGAUAUGGAGACGAUUCGCGCAAUUCUGAAUCUUCGAAUCGGUGAAAUAAUUCGAAAGCAACAAGUGGCAGAAAAGAGUACGAUAAUUUUGAGUGAUUCUGCAAAACUGGGCGAGUUGCACGGUGAUGUGGUCGGCAUUGGUGCACUCAUCGACACGGAGUUUGGUUGUCAGUUGCGACUGAGCAACAAUAUUACGGCAGUGCCAGAAAGGAAUCAAAAGAAAGCGCUAGACAUGAUAAGCUCGGUGAACGCAACGGACGAUUUCUUCCGAGAGCACCUUGAAGAUGUCCUUGUCAUCGUCAGCUUGAUUCCAGAGGUCUCGAAAACUCUCCACUGUUCUUACGAAAACUGUCUUGCGCUGGUUACGCGAAUGGAGCCAAACGGAGCUGUUCUUUCAGUCGCUUUUGACGGCACUGCUCUUGCAUCAGAGGCCUUGAAAAUGCGCCACACUGUCGACCAAAUUUCUGAGGAGCUGAGCAAGGAAGUGACCGAUCCAAAUCAGUGGUGGGAGACGCGGGCUAAGCGAAACGACUAUUGUCAGCAGCUUUGGACUUCCAAAUUACCCGACGUGCUCGGUCCGGCCCUUCCUCUCUUUACGUUUUCGAAAGCGAUCACGUGGCCUAAAGAGGCGCCUCAGCCAAAGAUGAAGUCUUCAAGAGCUCUCUACUUAAAUUACGCUGUAAGAGCAUGGUCUUUCAUGAAUACUCUGGCGAAAACGAAUGUCGCCGGAAUCGUCAACAUCCGCAAAGUUGAGUUAGAUAAGCUUGUGAAAGCGCAUACUUUCGUGGAAAUGCAAUAUCAGCGAACGACAUCCACUUAUCUUGUCCUCGGCCGACUUGUCCAGACUCUUUGCUUUGAGCGAAUGCCUAUUUGUAAAGGUCUUCGAAUAUCCAGGAUGAUGUCAAUGCGUCAUGCAGAGUAUCUUUUGCGCACGGAGCCAGAAAAUCGAUGCGUUGACAUUUGCGACGUGCUCUACGUCGUCGAUAGUCAAACCAAUCUCGCUGGCUCGGCGGAAACCGUUGGCAAGUUUUUCCAGAGCGUCAAAGAAUGGGAUGGAUACACUUCCAUGGCUCCUCCCUCAAACGAGCUUAUCAAAAAGCUCAACGAAAAGUCGCUCUACAUCUUCGCAGGACAUGGCAGCGGCUCUGACUGCGUCGGCGGCUGGGGAAGAGUCGUCAGAAAAGGUGUAUCUAGCACCAUGCAUCUCAUCGGAUGUGGAUCUGGUAGACUACGCGAUGAUGGACGAACUGAGCCCAGGGGCGCCAUCACCAAAAUCCUCGACUCUGGUUGCGAAUCUGUUCUGGCGAUGCUGUGGAGUGUGACUGACAGGGAUAUCGAUCGGUUCACCCUUCGACUUUAUGCAGAUUGGUUUUCCGGCGUGCGCAACUCUUCCAAAGAGCCUGGACCCUGUAUAUCGCGAUACAUAAACGAAGCCGCUCGAGCGUGUAAACUUGGAGCUGCAAAUGCUGGUGCAUGCGUAAAUUACGGACUCAUUCCUGCUUGUUACAAUAUUCCAGAGAAUUGGGACCGCGGACUGCCUGCAAAAAUCAAUUACAAGUAG